AUGGACCCAUCAAGCGAAGGGCCGUUACCGCUAAUAGACAAUAUGCACAAUGACAACGAUAAUACCAAAAGGCAGGAGUCUGACUGCAGUUCCCAAGGCCAGAGCAACCCCAUCGAAGCCUUCCCAGGAUAUACGGAUACCAAUACCACGAUAGAAGAGCAAGUCCAUCAAGGACAAAGGCGCUGCCCUAAGUGCCACGCGCCCAAUGCCCGAGAUGGCGAUGCAUCUACCGUAGAAUGCUUCUGCUGCCGCAAUGAAUUCGCAUGGGACAAGGCAGAGGAGGUUCAAACUCCUUGUCAGUCGCCUGGUGCUGCUUCCAUACGUGAAACGAUGACUGAGCACAUCUCUUUGGACAGCCCCAGCGAGAAAACUUAUCCCGCGGAACCAAGCCAUGCAGAAGAACAAAAUCUUAAUCUUGCUAAACCCGGCAAUGAAGGACAGAUCGGACUCGGAACUACUAUCGAUCGAGAACUGGCUUCAGAAGCGCAGAAGCGCACGGAGAAGAGAACAUGUAGCACCACUACCGGGCAACCCGCCAACCAGCCCAGCGCCUCCAGAUCCUACAGCGGCCGCCGUCACAGAUCCAAGCUCUCAAUAUCCGGUUUCGAUCCUAGCGCCAGCCCCAUUGAACUUAGCAAUCGUUCCGCCGACGUCCACGCAUCUCAACCCGCCAACUCAAGCUCAAAUAACCCAGUUGUAACCCCCCUUGCCCCACAGCCCAUGCGACACUCUCAAAUGACCAUGUCCCCGCCCAUCGAGCUCAGCGCCACCUGCUCUCCAGUAUCAUGGAGUAGCGGGGCACACGUCUCUGAGGCCGCAAAAUACCCCACUCAUGCGAGGGGGCUGGAGAGCGAGAACCGUACCGCCUGGCAGCGUAUGAAGUCGAGGUGUCAGUCAAUAGUGUGCUGUGGGGUUGUGGGGUGA